UUAACUUCAGCCUCAUUUUGAGAAGAACACUAUCAAAGGCACCCACUCAGCACCAUGAAAUUCUUCAGUUAUAUUUUGAUUUAUCGCCGGCUUCUCCUCAUAGUUUUCACUCUACUGCUUUUACUGCCCCUGCCCCUCGUCCUCCACACCAAGGAAGCGAAAUGUGCCUACACACUCUUUGUUGUUGGCAUAUUUUGGCUUACAGAAGCGUUGCCCCUGUCUGUAACAGCUUUGCUGCCUGGCCUAAUGUUCCCAUUGUUUGGAAUCAUGCCCUCAAAGACGGUGGCAUCUGCUUAUUUCAAAGAUUUUCACCUACUGCUAAUUGGAGUCAUCUGUUUAGCAACAUCAAUAGAAAAAUGGAAUUUGCACAAAAGGAUUGCUCUGAAAAUGGUGCUGAUGGUGGGUGUGAACCCAGCAUGGCUGACACUGGGCUUCAUGAGCAGCACUGCCUUCUUAUCUAUGUGGCUUAGCAACACUUCCACUGCUGCCAUGGUGAUGCCCAUCGUGGAGGCUGUGGUACAGCAGAUCAUCAGUGCUGAAGCACAGGUCAAGGCCACUCAGAUGGCUACUUGCAAUGGAUCAAUCAAUCAUGGGCUGGAGAUGGAAGAAUGUGUUAAUGAACAUGAAACAGAUGAGACGAAAGAGAAAACAAAACCAGUUCCAGGACAUGGUAACGAUGCAGAGAAAAUUUCAAACAAGGAGUUGAAAAAGAAUGCAGUCACAGGAAUCCAGUAUCCAACAAAGAAGAACCACAUGAUGUGUAAGCUUAUGUGUUUGUGCAUCACUUACUCUUCUACCAUUGGUGGACUGACAACGAUCACCGGUACCUCCACCAACUUGAUUUUUGCUGAGCAUUUCAAUACGCGCUACCCUGAAUGUCGAUGCAUCAACUUUGGAUCAUGGUUUUUGCUUUCCUUCCCGGCUGCUAUUAUUAUCCUACUCUUGUCCUGGAUUUGGCUUCAGUGGCUUUUCCUAGGAUUCGAUUUUAAGGAGAUGUUCAAAGGUGGAAAGACCAAGACAGUCGAACAAGAGGCUUAUGCUGAUGUGAUUAAACAAGAAUACAAAAAACUUGGGCGAAUAAGGUAUCAGGAAAUUAUCACCUUGGUCCUGUUCAUUGUCAUGGCCCUGCUGUGGUUUAGCCGAGAUCCUGGGUUAUUUCCCGGUUGGUCUUCACUUUUUUCUGAGUAUCCUGGUUUUGCUACAGACUCAACUGUUGCCUUACUUAUAGGACUCCUAUUCUUUAUUAUUCCUGCUAAGAAAUUGACUAAAACUACAUCUACAGGAGAAAUUGUUGCUUUUGAUUACUCUCCACUGAUUACUUGGAAAGAAUUCCAGAAAUUCAUGCCCUGGGAUAUAGUCAUUCUUGUUGGUGGAGGGUUUGCCUUGGCAGAUGGUUGUGAGGCAUCAGGACUAUCUAUGUGGAUAGGAAACAAAUUAUCUCCUCUAGGAUCAUUACCAGUAUGGCUAAUAAUUCUGUUGUCUUCUUUGCUCGUCACAUCUUUAACAGAGGUAGCCAGCAAUGCAGCUACCAUUACUCUCCUUCUCCCAAUAUUAGCUCCACUGGCUGAAGCUAUUCACGUGAACCCUCUGUAUAUUUUGAUACCUUCUACUCUGUGCACUUCAUUUGCAUUCCUCCUACCAGUAGCAAAUCCAUCCAAUGCCAUCGUUUUUUCCUAUGGCCAUCUAAAGAUUACUGACAUGGUUAAAGCUGGACUUGGCGUCAACAUUUUGGGUGUUGCUGUGGUGAUGCUGGGCACGUUCACCUGGAUGGUGCCCAUGUUUGACCUCCACACUUACCCUUUUUGGGCUACUACCAGUAAUAAUGGCACCAUGCCAUGACAAGCAUCAGUGCUCUGACCAUCCUAUGCUCUGACCAUCCUGUGGUGAGUUUGGGGAACCAUUAAGAAUUCACCGCAGAAUUUAACUCUGAAAAACUGAUGACACAUUUAAGUCCGUCCUGGUGUAGCUUCUGCACUUCCAGUGAACACUCAAAACUCUGACACAACUCAGACUCUGCAUUUCCUUUGAGAUGCAGCCAGAGUGUCUAAGUGCCUUCAUCAAGAAGCCCUCAGUUGGGAUUUUGCUCAUGGACCAUAAGUAUCCUGCUUCAUCACAAGAAUAAUUUAUAACUUGACCUUCAAAAAGAUUAGGUCAUUUGUUUCAUCUUACCAUUUGGGUUCAGUGUAACAUUUCAAAUGUCAAUUUAUUAUUUGAGAAACUUCCCAUGAAGCUAUAUAUAGAAAAUAAAAAAUACAAGUUAAUUACGUACUUGGAUAAAUUAUUUCUCUAGUGUUGUUCAAGGGAAUUUUCUGAAGAAAUAAAAUUGUGGUCAUCUUGUGGUAUAAAAGCAAAAUUUAAUCUAAAUAAAUGUGAAUCCAAUAAACAACAAAAACUUCAUAUAUAAGGACCAAUUUCCACUUGACCUUAUGGUCAGAGUAAUAUAAUUUGUACUUUUAUGAUCUCAGUGCACUGAGAAAUACAUUUUGUAGACCUAUGAUUUGCACCAUUAGCACAGUUAGAAGAGAAAGCUAAACACUGUAAAACUAUUACUACACUUAUGUAUAAUAAUUUUGCUUACGUUUUUAUCUUAUUUUAGAAAUACAUAAUGUCACAUACAAAAAUGGUGAUUCAGAAAUUUAAAUGAAUUUUCACUGCAUAUAUAGAUGUAGAAAAAAUCACAUAACUCCAUUAUAUCAACAUUGAAAUU